UCUCACUUCCCAAAACCAGACAGAGCUCAUUCUUGGGACGAUCUUUCAAACAAAUUUACAAUGACGGAGGGCGUGAAUCCCAAGGCUUACCCGCUUGCUGACCCCCAGCUGACCACCACCAUCCUGGAGCUUGUCCAACAGGCUGCCAACUACAAGCAGCUCAAGAAGGGCGCCAACGAGGCUACCAAGACCCUGAACCGCGGCAUCUCCGAGUUCAUUGUCAUGGCUGCCGACGCUGAGCCGCUUGAAAUCCUGCUCCACCUCCCCCUGCUUUGCGAGGACAAGAACGUUCCGUACGUCUUCGUCCCCUCCAAGCUUGGUCUUGGCCGUGCUUGCGGUGUGUCGCGCCCGGUCAUUUCCGCUUCCGUCACCUCGAACGAGAGCUCGCAGCUUCGUGGCCAGAUCCAGCAGCUCAAGACCUCGAUCGAGAAGCUCCUGGUUUAAGCAACUGCAGCAUAUCUUAUUAAGCCAGUUCUGAAAACGCAUGCAACACCUAAAAGCUGGGUUGCGUGUGUGUGCGGCCCUUCGAGAUUUUGUGUUUUGCUUGUUUUGAUACGCUUCGUUCAUCUGUUUGACGUUCUCAAAGCAACGAAAUAUAUAUUCAUUGAAACCGCACA